AUGGAGCAACUUGCCCCCGCGUAUUUCGGAGAACUGGAGUGGGGCAGUGAUGCUGUUCGCGAACAGGAUGUGCUGACGGCUCUGGGACUGACGCAAGACGACCUGUUGCCGGGUGGAAAUCCCGUUGUUGUCGAUACCGGGAACCGUUUCCUGCUGGUCGGUGUGAAAGACCCGCACGUGCUGGAACGGAUUGCCGAGGACCAGGACCUGAUCGAGGCCAUCAGCGAAGAUCUCGAUCUGAUCGGCUUUUAUCCCUUUGCGUUGCCGGGGGAGGGAGAGAUCACCGCAACAACGAGGAUGUUCGCACCGCGCUACGGCAUUCGCGAGGAAGCUGCCACGGGUAUGGCGGCAGGACCGCUCGCCUGUUUGCUUCAUGACCGGUUCGGGGUCAGCGCGUCUUGCAUCCUGAUCGAGCAAGGCAGGUACAUGACACCGGCUUCUGUCAGUCUGCUGGAUGUUCGGCUUUCCUUCCAAAAAGGUGCGAUUUCCGGCCUGAUGGCUGGCGGUUACGGCAAGGUCGUGCGGGAGCAGACAGUCAGCUACUGA